AUGGCGCCCUCGUCUGCUGGCCGCCGCCCGUCCCCGCCCUCCUCCUCCUCCCUCCUCCGCGCCAUCCGCCCGCCCAAGACACGCGAGGACUCGGACGUUGCACGCGAUGCGCGCGCGAAACUGAGUCACAGCCGCGGCCUUCUCGGUUCUCUGCCCCUCCCAAACUUCCGUCGUGCUCGGCAGAAGCACAAGGGCCAGCAUGAAGUCGAAGAGGAGCAGCUCAGGGUGCACGACGAGGCACUGCAUGAGCAUGAUUUCCUUCCGACGCUCGGGGCGCCGUCUGCAGACUCGGCACUGGUACAGCUGAACGACGAGCUUAUGCAAGAAGAAGAGAACGCAGACAAGCCCGUAUACAAGUGGGCUGUACUGUACGAGAACCAGCGUGGCAUAAUGUUCUUCUCCACGCCCUGGUACUCGCCACAAUCCCUCUUCCCCUGGGACCCCCCACCCUACACCCUCCCCAUCUCCCUCCCCUCCUCUUCCUUCCCAGCCCACCACCAGCGCUCCUCCAUGCACGUCUCCACUCUCUCGCCCUCCACAUACCCCCUCCCAGACGGCACCUGGCGCUGGGUCUCGCGCGCGUGGAUGAUCGACAUGCGCGGCGACGGGCUCGUCCAGCACGACGGCUUCGAGUACGCCUGGUCCUUCUCCAACAAUCCGGAUGCAUGGCGCGCCGACGUCGGCUCCCUCAGCACGGCCGGCUGGGUGCGCAGGCGCCGCUGGGUGAGGCUCAUGGUCAGGAUGCAUAGGAAGGGACCGGGCGCGCUGCACCCGGAUGCGGAAAGGGCGGCCAGGGAGACGCAGGUGCCUGGGGAGAGUGCCGACGCGGGCGCGGUCGCGAAUGAGGAGGUAAGGCUGAGCUUGGAGAUGGAGCAUGAGGAAGAGGGCGCAUCACGUCCGCCGUCGGUCGUCGAGAGCCUGGAGGACGAGGAGGAAAUCGUUGAUACAGGACUGUGGCGUGGCGAUGGCGAGGACUGGAUACGCGUUCGCGCGGCACUCAGGAAGCUUAGGAGGGAUGGGAGGAAACUGGAGCUCUGGGAAAAGUGGUUGAAUGUGGAACUCGAGGACAAACAUGCUGGGAAGGACGAGGAAGAAACCUUAGAGGGGUUUGAAAUGGACGAGAGAGCGCAAAGCGAAGAAGCGGCUUCUGACGGGAAAACGGAUGACGGCGAGGGGACUGCGGAAGCGGAGAAGGACAAGGGCAAAGCACCAGACUACGAAGGGUCUCUGAUAGAAUCGUCACCGAGCUCUCCCACCUCGCCAUCAUCUCCCCUCUCGCCCUUUUCUAUGACCUCCUCACAGGCCCUCGCGGCGGACACGGGCGUCAUUCCGACCGCCGCGCCACGUGCGCUUGUUGCUGCUGUCAUCCGCGAGCAUGCGGGUGACAUCUUGCGCGCAUUUGUCUACCCCGACUCGCGGGCACGCUUCCUAGAGCUCGUGGAGCGGGCGGGCAUGCGCGGAGAGCUGGAGGCGGCGCUCGGGGUCGAGGAUGGGGUGCGAGCCGUGGAUUUUUGGAGCUAUCAGCAUCAAAUCGAAACACGAGAGGAUCUAAAGGAGGACAGAGGUGGUAAGGAAGACGACGAUGAGAACGGACAGGAAGGUGGCCAACAAACGUGCGAAUGAGAUUCCACGUAUGCGAAAAGAGAUGAAGGCGCGCAGCCGGAGAAGAAUGAUAGGCUUCAUGACGAC